AUGGAUGUAAACAAAACAUUUUACCGGCGUUACGGGAACGAACGCGCUGCUAGCACAACUUGCAGUGGCAUUUUCCGAAAGAAAAUUGUGUUAAUCACUAGAGUUCAACGUUUUCCCUCACUUCAACAUGGCACAGACAGCUGUAGCGAACCAAUCGACACUUUUACCACUCGAACUGGUGGAUAAGUGUAUCGGCUCACGGAUACACAUUAUCAUGAAGAACGAUAAAGAGAUCGUUGGCACGCUGCUUGGUUUCGACGACUUCGUCAACAUGCUGCUCGAGGACGUGACGGAGUACGAAAACACCCCGGAAGGACGGCGGAUAACGAAGCUGGACCAGAUCUUGCUUAACGGUAACAACAUCACGAUGCUCGUACCCGGGUCCAGUGGUGACCUUCCCGAGGCGUCCUAAACCAAACGACCGUCAUCAAUGUGUCGUUUGUGUGUGAGAAAUGGGUGUGAAUUGAUAUAAUUACGAAACAAAACAAAACAAAAAAAAGUCGCGGACUGUGUAAAUGAUGAAUAUGUAACACGUAUUCCAAAAAAACAAAA